AUGGGAUGUAAUACUUCUAAAAACAUAAGCACAAGAGAUGUGAAAAUUGUCAUUUCAAAAGAGAAUGUGCAUAUAUUUAAAUACAUAUGGCAAAGUAACUUUUCGGCUCCAGUUAACGAAAAAUUAGGAACUGGUGCAAAGUACCCAACAUUUUUUGGAGUCGAAAGACCCUCUUCAGUACUUCGUAACCUCACUACAUCGGUACCAUCAAGCAUUUCACUUCAAUACUGUGACAUUUUAUUCAAACUUCCAUUCGAGGAUGAAACAUUUGAUUUUAUAUAUGUGCGAUUUAUGGCUUCUGAAAUACUUGAUAAUAAAUUUAAAGAUAUAAUAAAUGAAUUGACAAGAAUUUUAAAAAUUGUGUUGAUGUUCGAG